AUGACUGUCAAGGGCGGAACCACCCCAGCCUGCGCCGCCUGCAAAUACCAACGCCGCAAGUGCAGCCCGGCCUGUCCCCUCGCCCCUUAUUUUCCGGCCAACCAGCCCAAGAUGUUCCAAAACGUCCACCGCCUCUUCGGCGUCUCCAACGUCACCAAAAUCUUAGAGAAGCUCACCAACAAGCUGGAUAAGGACGACGCCAUGCGUUCGAUAAUCUACGAGUCCGACAUGCGAGAGCGCUUCCCAGUGGCCGGCUGCUGCGGCGUGCUUUCGCACCUGUAUCAGCAGCUGAUGGCUGCAACCAAGGAGUUGGAAUACGUAAACGCUACCCUACAGCUUUGCAGGGAAGCGAGCCGGAAACAGGUGCUCAAGCAUGGCCCGAUGGCCGAGCUUGUACGGGAACAACAAUUGCAACAGAUGGUUGAGCGGGAACAGCAACAACAUAUAGUCGAGUAUGGAGGUGAGCAGUUUGUUUUAAAUGAUGGCGCGGAUAUGAUUGAGGCGUUUGGAUUGCAGAAGACGGAUGUUGUUUUUGAUACGGAAGAAGAAGAUGUUUUUGAUAGUGAAGCGCAGCAAUUUAGCAAUAAUAUAAUAGUAUUUGAUCAUGAGAGAAGAUCUUAUUAUAAUCCCACUACUAAACAUGAAGAAUUUGAAUCAAGGUAA